AUGGAAGAAGAUUUUUUAUCCAGGGCUGGUGCACUAUUGGAUACAGCUGAGGUGUUACAGAUUUCAGAGGUUGAGGCUGAACAAAUUUUGUGGCCUAAAGGUACUGAUGAUUUGAAACAUAUUGAUUCUAUUCGGGAUGUUUAUAAUGAUCUGAUUAAGUUGAAAAGAAGAGAGGUAGAUUUGGAUCUCCAUGGUACCUUUAUUUCUGAUUAUUACAGAUCCAAGAGGAUCCCAAGGGGUUUCAGAGUACGCAAUGCGCCCACUAUUGGCAGGCACAAUCCAGAAUUUUGUCGUAAAUGGACUGGUAUAGCUAAUAAAUGUGCCCUAGAUUGGAUGUUGAUUACUGUGGAAGAGGUUAGAAAUGAAUUGGUUAUGGUGAAAGAGUCUAUCAACAAAUUGGAAUCUACCAAUUCAUCUCUUAUUACGGCAUCAACUUCAGCUCAACAGAUGAUUAAACUACAAGAUGAAGUUAUGAGAUACAGGAAUGAUCUUAUUAGAUUUAAGAAACAGAAGCUUGAAAGGGUUAAUUAUGAUUAUACCCAUCAUCAAGUUUACCAUUGGCUGAGUGGUGAGAGACGUAGACCCCAAUUUCAACGUCAGAAAAUCAGGGUGAGGAAACCACAGUUUAUGUCUAUUGACACUAGCUCAGCCGAGUCAGCUUCUGAAUCUGAAGGUAUUAGGAUGGACAGAUUGUCCACCUCGCAGGUUCCCGUACAUACUUUUUUAGAGGGGGACCAACAUUCCAACGACCCACCUAUAACAUCAAUCCAUUCAAGAGGAAACGUAGACCCCGAUCUAUCAGGAGGGGACAAAGGGGGAAGAUCCAUAAAUCUCAGAUCCAAACCACCAAAGAGGAAAUGA